AUGAGGACACUGCUGCUUCCUCUGGCUUUACUGGCCUUUCUGAAGCUCAUGCAUACUGCUCCUGGUCCUGCUAUGCCAACUGUAUCAACAGAAACUCUCAAACGACUUUCUUUAGAAGGGGAGAAGAUGGUGGAUAAGGAGUUGCGAAGAACCCUCUACGGUGUUAAGCAGAUAAAGGCUGUGAUGGCCAAGAAUGAAGUGAAACACGAACAACUAAUGAAGUCCCUUCAAAACAGUAGAGAGAAAAAGAAGGAAGUGGUAGAGAUUGCUCAGAAUGUGGAAGAAAAGUUGAAUGAGGCUGAGCAGCAGUGCAAGGAGACUCUGAAGUCCUCGUGGGAUGAAUGUCGGCCCUGCCUGGAGAACACCUGCAAAAACUUCUACACCAAAAACUGCCGGCGUGGCUUUGCUACUUUUUCCACUAAGCUGGAGAGUUUCUUCCAAAAGAUGAGUGCCCACUUUGGCACUCAUGAAGAGCUUGCUGCAAAUGAGAGUACAGAGAUGUCUGAAUUAGAGUUGUUGAGGAUUGAGGACUCUUUUAGCAAUCUGGUCUCUAAAGUCAGCAUCCUGGUGAACCACAGCACGGCAUUGGUGUCAAGAUUCCACAGCGAGCUGGAUGAUACACUGCGUCAGGCCUUCGCUCCCACACCACAGGAGGAUAAGGAAAGCAAGGCCCUGAAUUCAGCCUUUUUGCAGGAAGUAGGGCUUGAAGAGGUGCUUGAUUCUUUUAUUGACUUUACAAAGAGUGUGGUCCAGGAGUUUGGUGCUGUGAUCAUGCAGGUGUUUGAUGAUUUGCAUGGGGUUACUGAGAAAGCUGAACAAAAACAAGAGAAGCAGCUUUUCCUUGGACACCUUCAAAGCGGAAAGCUGUGCAGGGAUCUGCGCAGACAGUCAGUAGAGUGCUGGCAGCUCCAGAACAAAUGCCAAGCCUGCCAGGGGUCUGUUUUCUCUGAGUGUCUGAGUAUGCAGGAGUUGCAUAUCGAGCUGGAUCAAGUGUCCGAGUUGCUGGAGGUUGCCAAGGAGCAGUACGAAGAGGUGCUGGGCAUUGUUGAGCGUCACACUGAAGACACCAUCAGCUGGAUCGGCAACAUGGUCAAUGAGUUUGGCUGGGUGGUUGAACUUGCUGAUGACAAGUCAAUUUCUGAGAAUGUCUUCAAUAUUACUACAAUCAUGACAGAAGAAAAAGACACUACUUUAGAGGAGGAAAUAAACAGUCAAGCAGCAGACACUAAGGUAGAGGUGAACAUCCUUAACGCUCCAACUCUUAAACUGACUGUGCCAGGCAGCCUGCAGCCACUGGAUCCUGCCUUCAUUCAGUAUGUGGCCACUGAAGCACUGGACUUCUACAAACAUAGAAAUAGGCUGGAAGAUGCUUGAGACCGCUCUAAAG